UGACCUGCAAAUUUCUAAUCUUUGCCAUGGAAUACAUCCCCUUGCUCUCGCUGUUCAGUCCCGCCCCCACGUCCUUUCGCUCUUUACUUUAUGCAAUACUCCCUUUCUCUUUUCAACAGGCAAUCCAAACGCAUUUUCAGUUUUUCACUGUCUCUGUGUUUUUUAAAAGUUAAAAAAACAAAAAAACAAAAACACAGAUAAAUUUUCUUUAUUAGAGGUCUGCUGCAUCUGUAUCUAUAUCUGUGUCCACUUUGGCCUUUUGUUGUGGCCUUUGCGUGAUUGGUUCCAUCCGCGUGAGUUAUUUUCAUUGAUCUUUAAUUUGUGCUCGUCAAAAAAUAAAAAAAUUAUAAUAAAAACAAGAAGAUAAUGGUAUAGGAGGGAGUCACAGAGACGGGCAGAGCAGUGCUGGUGGAGAACAACUGCAUACUCACAUGGAGUUCGUGGGGAUUGCCCAAAACAUAUAGAAAUCGCAUCCGGUAUUCCCAGAUCUCUAGGAUCUCAGAAUUUCAGGCUUAGAUGUUUGCUGCUUGAGUUCUCGAGAAAAUUCAAUUCCAUUUUGCUGUUUGUCUCGGCUCAUAUGGUGCUCGUUUCAUUCAGUUUGCUUCAAAAUUCAGUGUUUCCGAGCUGGGUGUUUUGUGGCCAAGUUAUGUUAGCAUCUGGGUCUUUGGUAUCUUCAAGCUUUAACUGAUUGCAACUGAGUUUUGCUGGUGAGCAAAAAAGCUAAAAGAAACAGGCACUGACUUCCUGGUCUGUGGGUACUAAUUGGGAGAAGAAAGUAAAGUUUUUUGCCGAAACUGAGAAUACAGAAUGGAAAGAAGUAGUCUCAUGCUCUGGAAAGUAGGUCUGCUGGUUUUAGCAUUGAUCAAAAGUUCUUCUGCGACGCUUUCUCCAACUGGAAUAAACUAUGAAGUUGUAGCUUUGAUGGCCAUAAAAACUGAUCUGGUUGAUCCGCAUAAUGUUCUGGAGAAUUGGGACAUUAAUUCUGUAGAUCCCUGUAGCUGGAGGAUGGUUACCUGUUCUGCCGAUGGCGAUGGCCAUGUUUCUGCUUUAGGAUUGCCAAGCCAGAACUUGUCUGGUACCUUAUCACCAAAGAUUGGAGACCUCCCUAACUUGCAAUAUCUGUUGCUGCAGAACAAUGCCAUUUCAGGUCCAAUUCCAACUACCAUUGGAAAGUUGGAGAAGCUUCAGAAACUAGAUCUCUCCAACAAUACAUUCAGGGGUGAAAUUCCUAGUUCGUUGGGGGCCCUGAAGAACCUGAAUUAUCUGAGGUUAAACAACAACAGCCUUACUGGACCCUGUCCUGAGUCUCUAUCCAAUAUUGAAGGUCUCACUCUCGUGGAUCUUUCUUUUAACAAUCUCAGUGGCAAGUUGCCAAAAAUAUCAGCAAGAACAUUCAAAAUUAUCGGUAACCCUUUGAUUUGUCCAAAGGCCAACAACAGUUGUUCUGCUGUCUUUCCAGAGCCACUGUCCUUCUCACCAGACGCCCUGAAAGGUCAAUCAGAUUCUGAAAGAAAAAGCCAUCAUGUGGCGAUUGCUUUUGGUGCAAGUUUUGGUUCUGUUUUUUUCAUCAUUCUUGUUGUUGGGUUAGUUGUUUGGUGGCGCUACAGACACAACCAGCAGAUUUUCUUCGAUGUAAACGAUCAAUAUGACCCUGAGGUAUGCCUGGGCCAUUUGAGAAGGUAUACAUUCAAGGAGCUUCGUACUGCAACUGACCACUUCAACUCAAAGAAUAUUCUAGGGAGAGGUGGUUUUGGGAUUGUAUACAAGGGAUGCUUGAAUGAUGGAACUCUGGUGGCAGUUAAAAGGCUAAAGGACUUUAAUGCAGCUGCUGGUGAAAUUCAAUUUCAGACAGAAGUUGAGAUGAUUAGUUUAGCUGUCCAUCGGAAUCUUCUCAGGCUUUGUGGGUUCUGCUCGACUGAGAAUGAGCGGCUCCUUGUUUACCCUUAUAUGCCCAAUGGAAGUGUAGCCUCUCGACUAAGAGAUCAUGUUCGUGGGCGGCCAGCUUUAGACUGGACAAUGCGGAAGAGAAUAGCUUUAGGUACAGCAAGGGGGCUAGUGUACUUGCAUGAGCAAUGUGACCCCAAAAUUAUCCACCGUGAUGUCAAAGCAGCAAAUAUUUUGCUGGAUGAAGACUUUGAGGCAGUUGUUGGAGAUUUUGGGUUGGCGAAGCUUUUGGAUCACAGAGAAUCUCACGUGACCACAGCUGUGCGUGGCACUGUUGGCCACAUAGCUCCAGAAUACUUGUCAACAGGCCAGUCAUCAGAAAAGACUGAUGUCUUUGGCUUUGGGAUUUUGCUCCUAGAGCUAAUCACAGGUCAGAAGGCAUUAGAUUUCGGACGCUCGGUGAAUCAGAAAGGUGUAAUGCUUGAUUGGGUUAAGAAGCUCCACCAGGAUGGAAAACUAAAUCAAAUGGUAGACAAGGAUCUAAAGGGCAAUUUUGACAGGGUUGAGUUGGAAGAAAUUGUUCAGGUUGCCCUCAUAUGUACUCAAUUCAAUCCUUCUUGCCGCCCAAAAAUGUCGGAAGUACUAAAAAUGUUGGAAGGGGAUGGCUUAGCUGAGAAAUGGGAAGCCUCACAGAAGGUCGAGACGCCAGGGUUUAGAUCUUGUGAAAACCCUCCUCAAAGAUAUUCAAAUUUUAUAGAAGAAUCUUCACUUGUGGUGGAAGCAAUGGAGCUUUCUGGCCCUAGGUAAUUUUUGUCCUUUUUAUCUCCCCCCCCCCCAAAAAAAAAGGCAUCAUUAAGUGCAGUGGUUUGAAUGAGAAUAUCUGAUUGUUGUUGAGAGCUGCUGAAUGCAUGUAUUCAUCUGUGUAAAGAAAAAGGAAAGUCAUGUAUAAAUUUAUCUUCUUUCUUUGACAUAAAAUUAAAUUAAGUUUAUUGAGCUUUUGUCAGAACAAGUCUUGAAUGUUUGGUUAUAGAUUUGCUUGUAGUUUCUUUA